AUGCUUCCGUCGGGUCGGCUAGGAUUUAGUGCGAGAAGUGGUACGACUUAUAGAAGGACGAAGGACAGUAGCAGUAUUGUCUUCUCAGAAACAGGUUCUCCUAAGAAUAACGAGGCGAAUUGCGUAAUAGGUGGUGACUUUCCGCAGUUGAAAGUGCUUCCGAAAUCAGUUUCUCGUCAUGAUGCGUACCUACACGAUAGUGAAGUUAAGCAGGCAAAGUCCGUAGGUGUGGGCGUUAUAGAUGAAGAUGCUGAAAGUAAGUUCAUGGAAGAGAAAAGAAAUUUAAUACCCGAGUCACUCAUUUUCGAACGAAUUAAGGAAAGAUCUUCAUCAAAAAUUUCCCUCUCUGAGUUAUCUGUUGCACUCUUCAACAUGCAUUCGGUUAAUAUCGCAGAACGACUACUGGACCGUCAUGUUGGCAGCCUUUCCCUUAUUGAAACAUCUCAGUUAUAUGCUCAACGUAUGAAGGAUUUUGCAAGAAACCAGCGAAGGCAACACAUGCGGAACAUUGAUGCAUACCGUGCCACUUUUGAGUCGUUGUUUCCUAUUGGAAAGAAAUUUGGAAGCGCUUUACCUGUUAAACUGUUGUUUGGAAAUAGAGAAAUGAUCAGUAGAAAUCUUAAUCCUUUAGUCCUAAGAAGAGUUGCUUCAUCUGCAACUGAUGAGUCAGGAGAAAAGGAUAGAGCCAGCCCUAUAAUUGUUGGUAUACUACCAGUUCCUUUGCAGGAGUCUCAGAUGUUAGAAUCUCUUCUUCGCACAUUAAUUAUGCACAUAUGCUGUUACAGUAAAAAUACUUUGUUUCAGUAUGGAGCGGUUGAGAUAGUCACAUUUUUAUCCGCGCGCAACUACGCGUUCCUAAUGUGUGGAAAAGAUAGCAGAUUCAGUUUCCUUUCGAACAUACUUCGCCAUCAGUCUUGGAUGUUUAAUCGUCUUUAUCAUGUCGAAAACUUGAAGAGUUCCAAAGAAUUUUCCCGAUUUUCGUUUUUUCCUCCCGUACCGCUCCAGAAAGCUGUUCCACAUGAGAAGAAGCUCCUCGGGUUGAAUGUGAAAAGUGGGUAUAUGUAUCCAGUUGCCAUAAGGCCCAAAACAGAAGUGAACAUAGGGCCAUAUAGCUUGGUCAGUAACACCAGUGAAUUGGAGGAUAGCGUUGAAACUGUUGAGCCGUCUCGCCUGUUGCUGAAAUAUUUUUUUUGGACAUGUGCUGUUGGCAAACUAAGUAACCGGACGCUAGUGUUGAGUCGUUUAAAGUAA